GGCCCUUUAGAGUUUUGUUUUAUAAACCACUUGUCAUUGAUGCACACCACCAAAGAUAGAAAGAGAGAGAAAAGAAGAGAAGAAAGAUUUGAUACUUUUAUUAUCUUACUUUGAGAGGGAAAAGAAAUGCAAAGAAAGAAGCAACCACCCUAUUCCUGUUGGAACUAGCAACUACUCCAUUAAAAGACAUUGAAGGGUGAGAAAGUACACUGUCUUCUGCUCAGUAUAAACAACCAAUUCUCCCCUUCUUUUAGGGAUAGAAAGAGAAACACAAAGAUAAAAAAACAAGGAAGAUGUUUGCUGCUGAAAAUGGACUUAGAGGAGACCCAAGGCUUCAGGGCAUUUCUCAAGCCAUUAGAGUAGUUCCUGAUUUUCCUAAACCAGGAAUAAUGUUUCAGGAUAUUACCACUCUGUUGUUGAAUCAUAAGGUCUUUAAAGACACUGUGGACAUAUUUGUUGAUAGGUACAAAGACAUGGACAUCUCUGUUGUUGCUGGAAUUGAAGCUAGAGGGUUCAUGUUUGGUACAUCUGUAGCUCUAGCCAUUGGUGCAAAGUUUGUUCCAUUGCGCAAGCCAGGAAAAUUGCCAGGUAAGGUAAUUUCAGAAUCAUAUGAACUUGAGUAUGGGAAAGAUUGUUUGGAAAUGCAUGUUGGAGCUGUACAGCAGGGCGAUAAAGCAGUCGUAAUUGAUGAUUUGGUAGCUACUGGCGGAACGCUUUCUGCAGCAAUUAAACUUCUAGAACGGAUGGGGGCCAAAGUGAUUGAAUGUGGUUGCGUUAUCGGAGUGCCAGAUGUCAAGGGGCAAAGCAGGCUAAAGGGAAAGCCUCUCUAUAUUCUUGUCGAACCUCGGGAACUAGAGGACUCUUGAUGAGAUAUGUGAAUCCUUAGGUUGAUUUCUGUCAAGGAAGAGAUGAUGCCUAUGCGAAAAUUACAACUGUUGGCCAAAUCUCAAAUUUUGUUGCCAUUUACCCUGUAUUGGCCAUUUCUCUUUUUUUUUUCAUGUGUUUCUUUCAGUUUCAUGAUUAGUUAUUUCAUUGUUUGAGAUUUCUUGUAAAAUGCACGACCGAAAAUGUGCCAUGACAGGUGGGUUUGACCAUACGACGUCCUAUCUAAUUUAAUUUAAUGCAAUUCAUUUUUUUCCAUCUUUUUAAAAA